AUGGAAACUUAUAACGUUGAAACUGAAAUUCAAAAACCAGAAGGCACGGAACCUUUACCUCAUAUAACUUUAUCUACGAAGGUAUCUGAGAAAUCCAAAGAAAAACUUAAGACUUUGAAAGAUAUUCAAAAAACUAAAUUAAUCAAAAGUUCAAGUCUACCAAAAUUACCUAAUGAUAAGAACAAUUCGACAAAUUAUUUCGAUGAUAAUUUACGAAAAUUAGGUACAGAGAACAAAUUCAAUAAAAGAAGUGCUAGUUUUCAUGGUUCUCAUUUGUUCACAAAUUACGCUGACACAUAUUUUACUCCCGAAACAAGAUUAAUGAUUAAUGAGCUAGAAAAACACGCUGAUGAAUUGGCAAGGUCUCAGGAUCAAAUAAAUAUGUUUUUACCAAGAGAAAUUAUUAAUAAGUUGAAAAUGGAUAGGAGUUCUUUAUAUAAACAAAAAUUUGCUGAAGAAGAUGAAGAAUUUGAAUCAGACGCUACUUCCGAUUAUUCUGUUGAUGAUGAGGAAGAUGAUGUUCAAGAAAAGGUUUUAUCUGAAGAACCAGAUCCUAUGUUUUCAAAUGAUCAAAAGGAGAUUGUUGAUGAUGAUCCGGAGAAAGCUUGGAAAGAUUUUAAUUGGAAUUCAAAUAUCGAUGUAACUACUAUGAAGUCACAAUCCUUAAGAAAUUCUUAUAGAGCCUCGGGUAGUUUCAAUAGAAAUUCUUAUCAUACAACAUUUAAAAAUGCUUCUUUGCAACAAAAUUCUAGAUCAAAUUGUAAAAAUAUUAAUAUCCAACAAUGGAAGAAAGAAAAAGAUGCUGUGAAUUAUAAUAGUAGAAAAAUUUAUAAUCCUUCGAUUGAUAAUAAAAGUGAUUCUAGUAUUGGCGGUUCUAACGGAAUUUUGAUUAAAAACGCUAAUAAUGUAAGAUCAGAUUAUUUUGAACCUAGAAUUGAAGAAUUAAAUCAACCAUCAGAAAAAAUAGAAUCAAGCGUUGAUAAUAAUUUGGAUCAAGAAAGUGGAAAACACGCGUCUUCUUCAUCUCGAGAAGGAAGUGAUGAUUCAUUAUUAACCGGUGAUGCAUUACCAGAUAAAAUGUUAGCUCGAAUAGUCAAGUUAGAAUUCGAUCCACAAUCACCAAAUUCUAAAGCAAAAACUUCCAUAAGAUUAAUCAUUCAUUCAGUUACUCAUCAGACAAAACCAAAUUCAUCUUAUCAUGAACUAUUAAAAAAAUUGUUUUUAUUUCCUUUUGAUUAUCAUUCUUUUGUAUUUGAUACUUUGAAAAUUGACAUUUACGAACAUGCAAGUUUUUCGUAUGCAAAGAAAAAAUUAGGGAGAGCAUUUAUUAGGCUAAUUAAUUUGAAAGAAUCCAUAAUGAAUCGAAAGGACUUUGAAGGAACUUUUCCAUUGGAACUGAAUGGAGUUUCGCAUCCUCAUAAAGUCGGAUCGAUACAAAUUGCAAUAAAAUUCCAUUUUCCAAGUGAUCCACCACUUCUUAUUCCAAAAAUGCCGAAGCCAAUUCGUUCAAAAACCGUGCCGUCUUUCUUUCCAAGCAUCAAUUCCGAUAAAAGUAAACAAAUAAUGCCUCCUUCUGUAACAAAUACAAAGAGAAAUGUCGAUGAAGAAGUAUCAACCGAGAUAUCAGACGUUGAAGAUGGAGAAUUUGCAAUAACUUAUCCCGAAAAUAAGCCUUUAGGUAUACUUGAUAUGGUAUUAAGUCAGGAGACAAGAGAUGCCAUUAAAGAGAUUACUGUAUUAUACCACGCUUUUUUUGAUCAUGGAUGGAAAUUGAGUAAAUUGGAAUUUUUGAAAGCUUAUAUGUUAUUAGAGAAAUAUUAUAUUAAAAAACCAAACCCAGUUACAGGAAUUGUGUGUCAUGAUUUAGAAAGGAUUCAAAAGGCUCAAAAAUAUUUGAAGUAUUCUAUGGCUUCAUAUGGAUCUUUCUUGUUCAAUUGGUUCGGAUAUGGUCACAGCAAAGCUCAUUUAAAUGCAAUUAGAAUAAACUCGGACCGUAAGGCUAUACAAGAAUUCUUUUCCCUAGAAAAAGAAGAUAUUAUUUGUUGGGAAUACGGUCAAAAAGCCGUAUCGGUUCCUAAUUAUAUGGUAAUUCAUGAUCCAGAGACCAAAUCUAUAAUUAUAUCUAUUAGAGGAACAAUGAAUGUUACUGACGUGAUAACUGAUGCAUUAGCACAUCAUGAACCUUGGAAUGGAGGAUUUGUUCAUAGAGGAGUACUACGUAGUGCAAAAUACCUUGUAAAGCAUUCAUUAAAAGAUAUUAGAGAAGCAGUAAAAAAAUUCGAGUCCAAAGCAAUACAAGUGAUUGGACAUUCAUUAGGAGCUUCAAUUUCAUCAAUUGUUACAUUGUUAUUAAGAGAAAAAUGUCAAGAUUUAAUCGCUCAAGGUAUUGAUAUACAUGCGUGGAAUUUUGCUACAGCACCUUGUUGUUCACUUGAUUUAGCUUGUAAAGCCGAGACCGAAAAUUGUAUUGAUAAUUUUGUUAACGAGAAUGAUGUUAUACCAAGAUUGAGUUAUGGAAAUUUAAUGGAUUUUAAAGAGUUGGUAAAAUUUGCCGCUAGUGAAUUGAAAAAUGAGAAAUACAGAAGGUUAAGUUCAAAAGAUAAAUUGGCUAAAAUCUUAACAUCAAUUGAUGAUUAUCGAACUUCUUUAAAAUCAAAGUCUGCGUCACAAAAAUUAUAUAUACCUGGUACCAUAUAUUAUUUAUAUAAAGGAUUUUAUAGAACACAUGUUAAUUCUUCAGAGGCAUAUUAUACAAAAGAUAUUGUAUGUGAAAAAUCUAAACCCGAUUUAUUUACGGAUAUCAGCUUACGUAGAAAUUGGUUAUUUCAUCACUUUCCUGAUAGAUAUGAUAAAAAAUUUAAAGGGGUAACAAAAUCAUUAAUUAGAAAAUUGCAUGGAAAGGAUUGUUAUGGUAGAACAAGCGAUAAAUUAAUGAAAAAAUGGAAACAAAUACCCGAAACCGAGAUCGUUAUCGAAGAAUCUGGUAAAAUGGGAAAGUUGAUGGCAAGAACCGGUCAUAUUUAA